UAGGGCGAGAUGAGCAGCUUCCGCCGCCCUUCCCGCUCGCCGGCGGCGGCGGCGCCGCUGGACGACGAAGAUCUGCUGUCCGAGAUCCUCCUCCGCCUCCCCCCUCAGCCCUCCUCCCUCCCGCGCGCCUCGCUCGUCUGCAAGCGCUGGUGUUGCCUCGUCUCUGACCCCCGAUUCCUCCGCCGAUUCCGCCGCCAUCACCGCCGCAACCCUCCCCUCCUCGGCUUCUUCUUUGAGGAAGUGAUUCCUGCCCGCGGGAUCUCCUUCGUACCAACUCUGGAGCCCCCCAACCGUGUCCCCGUCGGGCGCUUCUCUUUGCAGUUCGACGACGGCGACCGCUACAGGCUCCUCAACUGCCGCCAUGGCCUCGUGCUCAUCUUGUUCGGGAAGCACAACCAGGCCCUGGUGUGGGACCCUGUCAACGGCGACCAGCACAGCGUUGCCGUUCCCCCAAGCUUCUACAUGGCGGCGCCGACCCGGGUCAGAGGGGCAGUGCUCCGGCCUGCCGGAGACAUCCGCCACUUCCAAGUCGUCUUGAUAGGCACGCACAAAGAACAGCAUAAACCAGGGAUCGCCUGCGUUUACUCCUCGGAGACCAAGGAAUGGGGUAAUCUUGUCUCAACACCGCUCACACCUGAGAAUUCUAUUUACAGCUUUCGCACCAUUGUUUAUAGGGGCAUGGCCUGCGUCCUGGUUGGGAAUUGCCUCUACUGGCUGCUUUCUGAGAGAUCAGCUCUCAUCCUGGAGUUUGAUUUGGAUAUGCAGAGGCUAGCUGUGAUACAUGCGCCAGUGGACAUCGGUGCCAAUAGCAAUUGCCACUUCUCAGUUAUGAGAGCCGAGGGCGGUGGUCUUGGUUUCCUCUUUCUGUCAGAUUUCAACGCCCAAAUAUGGAGCAGGAAGAAGGAUUGUGAUGCUGCUGUUUCAUGGGUGCUCAGAAGAACUGUUCAGCUGGAUAAGCUACUUCCCCUCAAACAAGGGAUGGGCGUAGUGCCCCUGAUACUACUGUUACUAGGGUUGGCUGAGGACAAUAAUGUGUUGUUCCUGAUGGCAGAUGCCGGCAUCUUCAUGGUCCAGCUUGAGUCAUUGCAGUUCAAGAGACUUUCCAAGAUCAGCUUCUGGCGUCAUCUUCAUCCAUUCGAAACUGUCUAUACUGCAGUGAACACGAUGGAGCUGAUCUUUUUGCACAACACAUAGGAUGACUGUCGGGUCAGUCGGUCAGAUAUGCAUAAGGUGAUGUUGACCAGGUAAGCUGCUUGUAAUUUAGGCGUUCCCCUGUUUGGAAAAGCUCUAUGUCAUCGUGAGUAUUCUUUGGUUGGUUGCUUAAAUAUGUUCUCCACAUAUCCCAGUUUGUUAGUCUGAAUCUCACAUCUGUAGUUGGUCAUUUGGCCAUUAGCCUGUAGCAUUAUAGUUUGUCUCAUCAAAAUUAAAUGUUGUAAUGGUUUCUGUCCAGUCCAGUCCAACUUCUUCUAUUUUAGUUACCAUGGUUGCUUUAUAAUUUGUAUUAAACACAUGGUAACAAUUUACAUUACUAGAUUCAUCACAAAAACUGCUUUCAGCACGAAUUACAGUUUUUUAUAUUUCAUAUCAUCAUUAAAGUAUUUGUUAAAGUUUUGUUUAUGCGUUGCAGAGGCUUUUAAAUUGACCUCUAUUUUGGAUUUGACGAGUUAGUUUGCUCACUAUUUGCCUCUAAGCGAGUUAUUUAGACCACUGAUCAUGUAGCUUCUAUUGAGGCCAGAGCAAGAAAAUUCAGAAUGUGUUCACAAUAGAACUUGAAGGGCGUGCUACUACAAUUUGACUGUCUUAUUAUUGAUGUUAUCUGCUUAUAAUGUUGGUUUUGUCCAAUAUUGCUGAGAUGAUUCAACUUUGAGUUUUUUUGGCACAAGUUCCACGAUGGUUAUGCUAAUGCUUACUGUUUGAAUCAUAUACAAUUUCGGGAUAUAUUUAAUGGCUUGCUUGCUGUAGGUUCUUCCAUGUUGGAUAGCAUGCGCUGGUGAACGGUGAAGCGGACUUGGAAGGAAGUAAUCACUUACUAUUUUGUUUAACUUGAGCCUAUUAUGUUAUUUCUGGAACAACUAGCCAACUCGCAUAAAGACGCAAUUCACUUGCUGUGAUUAAUCAGUAGUACUACUCUCAGUUUGGUACUGCUUGCAUUUUGUGUGCUGGUGAGCAAGGAUUUGGCCUGAUAAACGUACCAUCCCUGCUGUUUUUUUUCUUCUGAAUUGACCAGUCAACGUCAAAAUUCAAUUGAAAUUUUCAAGCGGUAUUUAUUGCUCGGUA